UGGUGUGAGGCUGUUGUUUACAUUCAUUUUGAAUUUGUAUAAUUACACAAUAUUUUACACAAGUGGACAAGUGCACAAUGGAUAUAGAAGAGAGUGCUCAGCUUAAAGACCAGCUAAGGGACAUUGUAUUAAAUACAAAAGUCCCACUUGUAUUGAAAAACUAUUCAGUCGACUGGGAAUGUUUUGAAGGAUCCCUUUUGGAGUGGUGCACUAGCUUUGACGAAUACAAUGCCAAAAAGACAGCUGUAUUCGAAAGUAUGGAAAUCAUGGACGGCGCAACGCCUCAAUGGGAACGCAAGAGGAAGAAGACUGAAAUGACAAUGCAACAAUUUUUAAAGAAUUACUCUGGGAACAAUGCAAUGCACUGGUCGGCAUUUCAAUAUAAACGUGCAUUUGAUCUACCAGAUCAAUGCUUAAAAGGCAUAGAUUUUGAAUCUUUUGGCUUUUCGAAGCAUGAUAGGGACUUCAGCCUUUGGCUGGGCUCUAAGGGUGCUAAUACUCCAUGCCAUUAUGAUACCUACGGCGUAAAUAUUGUCGUCCAGGUAUAUGGUAGUAAGUCCUGGCUGCUCUUUCCACCUGAAACGCCUUUUGAGACUACACGAAUUCCGUAUGAGGAGUCCAGUGUAUAUUGCUUGGAGAACUUCUAUGCGCCGCAACCUGACAAACUUACUUACUACGAGAAGUUUCAAUAUUAUGCUCAUCACUGUGUGCUGAAUGCUGGCGAUGUCCUAAUUGUGCCUCGCCAUUGGUGGCACUACGUAGAGGCAGUGGAAACAUCGCUUAGUGUUAACUAUUGGGUGCCUCUAAAAGAAGACAUAAACUUAGCGCUAGAUGAACUUUUAGUUAAGCAUGUGGUUGAGAGUUUUGUCAAAGGCGAAGAUGAACGUGUGAAAACAUAUUUGCUGAAUCCCAAUCAGCUUGAUGAACUAGGCCACACACCGACUGAUCUUUUUAAUCUAUUCAAACACGCGUUAGAUAGAAGCGCCGACAUUAACUGUACAUUGUGGCAUGAAGAUUACUUGAGUAAAGCAGAUACAGCCAAGUUGAUCUCUGAAAUUUCACUGAACAUACGAGCUUUGAAUGUGAUGUCCAAAGAGGAUUAUAUGUUGCUGCUUAGCAAUAACUCCAAGCGACAUGUAGUCGUAGAAAGCAAAGAGGACAAUGCAAUCAACCCCACUUUGGAGGUGUUGAUCAACAGCAUAUGUGCUCCAGAUAAUAUUGCUCGUGUUAAACUCGAGUUUUAUCGCAGAAUACAUAUGCAGAAAUCAGUCAAUUAGUACAAAGAUCGAACGUUUAUU